AGCACUUCUGCGCCUCAACUAUAGGCAGAUUCCAACGAAAAAGCGGUUGUUCGAUAGUAGAAUGCGAAUGCCACGCACGCCUUUAUGGAAGAAGAAACGUCUGAACACAAUGGUAGCCUGCGAAUAGGUGUCAUUGCGCCAAUUAGUAAAUAAAAGAAAUGAUAGCAAUGAUAGCAACAUUAUCAAAAACUUGAAAUGUAACGUUUUAAAAAAUACGAUCAGUAGUGCGAGUCCUGUAAUAACCUGUUUACAAUGAAUCUGGAAUUGCUGCAAUCAUUCGGACCAAGUUAUCCUGAGGAAUAUGAUGGUACUCUAGAUUGUGUAAGCGUUGCAAUAACAUGUUCUUUCAAUCGACGUGGGACAUUACUUGCUGUUGGAUGUAAUGAUGGACGUAUAGUUAUUUGGGAUUUUUUGACAAGAGGAAUUAGUAAAAUCAUUAGUGCUCAUAUUCAUCCUGUAUGCUCAGUUAGUUGGAGUCGUAAUGGUUACAAACUUCUGAGUGCUUCAAGUGAUUGGUCUGUGUCAGUAUGGGAUGUCCUUAGCGGUGAAUGUGAUGAAAAAUACCGAUUCCCAUCUGUUGUCACUAAGGUUCAAUUUCAUCCAAGAGAUAACUCCAAAUUUCUUGUUUGUCCAAUGAAGCAAGCCCCUGUUCUGGUGCAUAUUAAAAAUAAACAUACGGUGUUACCUACAGCUGGUGAUUCUGAUCAAAAUGUUGUUGCCUCAUUUGAUCGAAAGGGAGAGCAUAUUUACAUUGGCAAUGCAAAAGGAAAGAUCAUAGUUGUUGAAACAGAAACGUUGACGGAAGUAACUUGCUUCAAAAUUUCCAGUGGAACAAAUGCAAACGUGGCUGUUAAGUCCAUAGAAUUUUCUCGCAGAGGAAGUGCUUUUCUUAUCAACUCAUCUGAUCGCAUUAUCCGUGUGUUCGAUGGUCAAAUAAUACUUGCAUGUAAAGGUCAAAAUACAGAGCCUGAACCUAUACAAAAACUUCAAGAUCUUGUGAACAGAACCUUAUGGAAAAAGUGCUGCUUUUCUGGUGAUGGUGAAUAUAUCGUUGCAGGCUCAUCUCGGCAUCAUUCUCUCUAUAUAUGGGAAAAAGGAGUGGGAAAUCUUGUGAAAAUUUUACAUGGAACUAAAGGGGAAUUACCUUUAGAUGUAGUGUGGCAUCCGGUUCGACCAAUUAUUGCAUCUAUAGCCAAUGGAGUCGUUUCAGUUUGGGCUCAGAACCAUGUUGAAAACUGGAGUGCGUUUGCGCCUGAUUUCAAAGAACUUGAAGAAAAUGUCGAGUAUGAAGAACACGAGAGUGAAUUUGAUAUUGAGGACGAAGACAAAGAAGAAGAAAUGAAUUCAGGAAGUGAAUGUGGAGAUGAUGUAGAAGUAGAUGUUUGUGCUAUUGAACGAAUUCCUGCUUUAUGUAGCAGACGUUGUGGUUAUAUGUUUAGUGACGAAGACAAUGACGAAGAUGAAAAUGGUUUAUAUUAUUUGCCCGCAGCACCGGAAAUUGACGAUCCUGAUGAAACCAUCAAUCCGGAUAGCGAAACGUACGAUUUGAAUACUGAUGUCAAUCACAAAUUACCAGUUAAUGUACAAAAUGAACCUCCAACUAAAAAACCCAAGGUUAUCGAAGUAAACUACGACAAAGAAUCCACAUCCAUUGAAUCAGAACAAGAAAACGGAAGAACGAAGGAUUCCAAGAACGAUACAAGCUCAGAAUUAAGCGCAAAUGAGAGUACGAAGACAGAACAAAAAGUUUCCUCGAAAAAGUUCACGGACAAUGACAUUAAUACCGAGAAUGAAACCAGCGAGACUGCUUCUAGCGUCGGUGAUGUUUAAGAUUUGUCACUUACCAAAAAUUAUUGUAUUUAUAUUGUUGUUCUUGUUUGCAAGAUAUUGAGCCUAAAUAGAUAUAAGUAUAUCGUAGUUGUGUCGUAUUGAUUAGACAACAACUAUGUUGAGAACAUUGAGCUGUCUCGUGAGUUGAGAAAAUUCAACUGAAUUUAUUAUCUAACCACUUCAAAGAAAGAAAAUACAAAAUGUUUUUGUUUCAAUCUCAAAGAAAAA